UACUAUAAAUUUGAUCUGUUAGUGUGAGAAUGGACGAAUCUAACCGAGCCUCUUAUCUGGACGACCCACCGAACAGUCGGCUGUUUCUCGUCACCAGUAAAUCCAUUACAGAGGAGACUAUAAGAGAGCAUUUCACAGAUUUCGGGGAGAUCCAGGACAUUCGGGUGGUGAGGGACAAGCAGACGAAAGAGUCGAAAGGAGUGUCGUUUGUGAAAUUCGCCAAAUCGUCGCAAGCCUGCACUGCGAUGGAGGAGAUGCACGGCCGAAGUCUGGCCGAGGGGACCAAACCCAUCAAGGUCUUCAUCGCUCAGUCCAGGGCUUCUGGCAGCCACAGAGAUGUGGAGGACGAGGAGCUCACCAGGAUCUUCGUCAUGAUCCCAAGAUCCUUCACCGAGGAAGAUUUAAAAGACACGUUCAAGGUUUAUGGAGAUGUAGAGUACGCUAUUAUCAUCAGGAAUAAGACCACGGGUGAAAGUAAAGGUCUGGGUUAUGUGCGAUUCCACAAACCUUCACAAGCCGCCAAAGCCAUAGAAAACUGUGACAAGACUUUUAGAGCUAUUUUAGCUGAGCCCAGGUCCAAAAAUGCAUCCGCAGACAGUGAGUAUGUCAGCAACCUCAGAUCGGAGCACUCUGCUAAUGAUCCAGGCUCUAACUCCUACACCUCUGCACUUGAGUCCAGCAGCUACACCACGGGGGACACGUGGACCUCGGACGUCAUCACGCGGUGCCUGCUGGUGUCCUCACGGGCCGCCGUCACACAGGAGCAUAUCUACGGCCUGUUCGACCUGAUCCCGGGGAUGGACUUCUGUGAGAUGCAGAGAGAUCAGUACAGCUUCAGCAAAGGUCUGGUGCGCUAUAAUAACCUUGGCUCUGCGGUUUAUGCUAAAGAGAAGCUGAAUGGGUUUGAGUAUCCGCCUGGUAACCGUCUCUCAGUAUCUUAUAUAGACGAUGGAGAGGACAGGACGAGUCCCAUGGGGAAGAUGGCGAUGCAGCUUGUGGCCGCUCAGAUGAUGUCUGUGGUGUGGAACGGCCCUUCUGGAGCGCAGCUGAUGAACACUAGCGCAGGCUACACAGCACCGUCUGUAGCUCAGAAAGCACGUGUGCAGACAGAUGUAGCUCUGCCUCCUCUGAAGAAGCUGGUGGCGUCUGACAGCGUGCUGAAGGAGAGGCUCUUCGUCAUCUUCAACCCCUCGCCUCUGCCUGUGGAUGUGCUGGAGGACGUCUUCUGUCGUUUCGGUUCGCUGAUGGAGGUUUACUUGGUUCCAGGCCGGAAUGUGGGAUAUAUAAAGUAUGCAGACCGCAAACCUGCUCACGAAGCCAUAGCACUGCUGCACGGUAAAGUGAUUAACGGCAUCAAGAUGAAGGUCAUGCUGGCCGACCCACCGAAAGAGGAAUCACACAAACGCCAGAGAACUUACUGACCUUUGACCUCCCCACAGACUCGGAGGUUAAGAUGACAUGACGCAUGACCCCGACAUGACAGGACGGCUAUUUAUGAUGACACGACCUCAUAACGACGGACACUGACUGCCUCACUGCCGUUUCAGUUCUUUAAAAAGUGUUUUACUGUCUCUUUUUUUUUAAAUUCCUUUUACUAAUUGAAGGGACUUCUUUUGUGUUCUACAAAGGUUUGGAAAAAUAAAAGCUUGAGUAAAUGAUGACAGGAUUGUUACAUGUGAACUAUCUCAGUCAACAAAGGUGACAGACAGAGCUUCAGGAGAGUUUGAGCUCGUGCAUGGCCUCUAUGUGUCUGUAUGGAAUGAGCAAAUAAAAAGAGUUUGACAAGUGAA